CGGGGCCAACGGCGGCGGCGGCGGGGCCGGGCGCGGGGAGGCCGCGGGAGCCGCCGCCGCUCCCUCAGCGCCUCGCCAUGGACUCGGACGAGGGGUACAACUACGAGUUCGACGAGGACGAGGAGUGCAGCGAGGACAGCGGCGCGGAGGAGGACGAGGAGGACGAGGAGGAAGACGAGCCCGACGAUAAUCUGGACCUGGGCGAAGUAGAGCUGGUGGAGCCCGGGCUGCGCGUCGGCGGGGAGCGCGACGGGCUGUUGGGCAGCGAGACGGGCGGGCUGGGCCCCGGCGGCGGCGGCGGCGGUGGCGGCCUGGGCGGCGGACCGGGCCCCGGCGGCGGCCCCGAGCAGGAGGAGGAUUAUCGCUACGAGGUGCUGACGGCCGAGCAGAUCCUGCAGCACAUGGUGGAGUGCAUCCGCGAGGUCAACGAGGUCAUCCAGAAUCCAGCGACUAUCACUCGAAUACUGCUUAGCCAUUUCAACUGGGAUAAGGAGAAGCUGAUGGAGAGGUACUUUGAUGGCAACUUGGAGAAGCUCUUUGCAGAGUGUCAUGUAAUUAAUCCAAGUAAAAAGUCGCGAACGCGCCAGAUGAACACCAGAUCAUCAGCCCAGGACAUGUCCUGUCAGAUCUGCUAUCUGAACUACCCAAACUCCUACUUCACUGGCCUAGAGUGUGGACACAAAUUCUGUAUGCAGUGCUGGAGUGAAUAUUUAACUACCAAAAUAAUGGAGGAAGGCAUGGGACAGACCAUUUCAUGCCCUGCCCAUGGCUGUGAUAUCUUAGUGGACGACAAUACAGUUAUGCGUCUGAUCACAGAUUCCAAGGUUAAAUUAAAGUACCAGCAUUUAAUAACCAAUAGUUUUGUAGAGUGUAAUCGACUGUUAAAGUGGUGUCCUGCCCCCGACUGCCACCACGUCGUUAAAGUCCAGUACCCGGAUGCGAAACCCGUGCGCUGCAAAUGUGGCCGUCAGUUCUGCUUUAACUGUGGUGAAAACUGGCAUGAUCCUGUUAAAUGCAAGUGGUUAAAGAAAUGGAUUAAGAAGUGUGAUGAUGACAGUGAAACCUCCAAUUGGAUUGCAGCCAACACAAAGGAAUGCCCGAAAUGCCACGUCACCAUCGAGAAGGACGGGGGCUGCAACCACAUGGUCUGUCGGAACCAGAACUGCAAGGCGGAGUUCUGCUGGGUGUGUCUGGGCCCCUGGGAGCCCCACGGAUCUGCCUGGUACAACUGUAAUCGCUACAAUGAGGAUGAUGCAAAGGCAGCAAGGGAUGCACAGGAGCGAUCCCGAGCAGCCCUGCAGAGGUACCUGUUCUACUGCAACCGCUACAUGAACCACAUGCAGAGCCUGCGCUUCGAGCACAAGCUCUACGCUCAGGUGAAGCAGAAGAUGGAGGAGAUGCAGCAGCACAACAUGUCGUGGAUCGAGGUGCAGUUCCUGAAGAAAGCAGUCGACGUCCUCUGCCAGUGUCGUGCCACACUCAUGUACACUUACGUCUUUGCCUUCUACCUCAAAAAGAAUAAUCAGUCCAUUAUCUUUGAGAAUAACCAAGCAGACUUAGAGAAUGCUACAGAGGUGCUUUCUGGGUACCUGGAGCGAGAUAUAUCCCAAGAUUCGCUGCAAGACAUAAAGCAGAAAGUACAGGAUAAGUACAGAUACUGCGAGAGCCGGCGGAGGGUUUUGUUGCAGCACGUGCAUGAAGGCUACGAGAAGGACCUGUGGGAGUACAUCGAGGACUGAGCCUGGCCCCGCAGCAAUGAACUCUGAACCCUUUCCCAUCCUAGAGUGCUCAUGCAAUUCCAAUAAAACCCACCCAGGGCGCUGCUCCGCCUCUUACACCGCUGGUCUGUAGUAGCGGGAUUCUGUUUUGUUAACAGAAAAAUUAAGUAAAUUAUAUUGUAAUAAAAAAAAAAGGUAGAUAAACCAUUGUACAACAGUAUUCUAGGCGGCCAAGAGUGUGACAGACGCACUAAAAAACCCUCCAACUUUAACUUGUAACGUAGCUUCAUCCUCCAAGCCGACUCCUUUUUCUUUUCUCUCUUUCUUUUCCUGUGUGUAGUACAGAUGAAACUUAAACCAGUUUCUUGACACUGCUUUUCAUGUCCAAACCAGCCAUUUUGAUGGACUUUGGUAAGGGGGGUGGCUCUCCCGCCCCCCUCCUCCUCUCUGCCACCCAAAUACAUGGAUGAAUGUGGAUUGGCUCAUUGUAAAGAGGAUUUUUGGGGAGGGAAGGAGGGGGGUACACAGCAAGGAAAAAAAAAAAACCCAACCUUUGUAUAUGACUUUUAAAACAAAAAGAGGACAACACAGUAUUUUUCAAAGUUGUAUAUAGCGCAUAUGCAUGGACAAAGAGCAAGCGUGGCACGUGUUUGCAUAAUGUUUAAUUACAAAAAAAUAUUUAUUCUUUAAAAAUCUUCAAGAUUA